AUGCGCGCGAACAACGUCUCGUUCAACCACGACAGCUCGUGCGUCGUCGUAGCGACGGAGAAUGGAUUCCGAAUCCUAAAAGCAGAUUCCGGGGCGUUGCUUCACAAAUUCGAUGCUAUAGGUCCAAUGCGCAUAUGCGAAAUGCUUCGCGACACUCGGUUGAUCGUGUGCGUGGGCGACGGUGGAGGGUUAGAGACGCCGGAUUUAUCGCCGAGACGGUUGAAAAUCUUAAACGUGGAUUGGGAAACUUUAAUCGCGGAUUUGGCGUUUCGGACGACCGUAAGGAGCGUGAAGAUGAACAGACACGUUUUAGUCGUUUGCGAGGACGAAGAGGUGACGGUGUUCGAAAUGAAAGGAUUGACGAGGGUGAUGAACGUGCCGCAAAGGAAUGUUAACGCGGAGGGGAAAGGCGUGAUGGCUAUUAAUAGCGACGCGGUGAGCGCGUCUGAUUUUAGUAGUAGUAGCGAGAAGGGAGAAGAAAAAGAAGAGACGAAGAACGAGAAAGCGACCAAUACCAAUAGUAGUUAUUUAGCGGUCGUGUCGCACCUGUCCGAAACGACCGUCGUGAUUUACGAUUUGCACAACGUGCACGUGGCGACGGAGAUUCCAAACGCGCACGAAGGACCGGUGGCGAUGUUGGCGUUCUCGCAAAAAGGGGACAUUUUAGCCUCCUGUUCGGUGAAAGGAACGGUGGUGAGAACGUGGGACGUGCCGUCUGGGGAACCGAGGAACAUUUUUCGGCGCGGCGCGACGACGGCGGAGAUUACGAGUCUACAGUUUGCGUACAGCAGUGAAAGAUUCGCGUUCGAGCCGGAACUUUUAGCCGUGGCGUCUGACUCGGGAACGGCGCACGUGUUCCAAUGCUUUGAGAGCGCUACUAAAUCGAGUAGCAGUAACGAAGAAGAAGGUAAAGAAGACAAAGACGAAAAAGACGAAAAAGAAAUCGAUGAGGAAAAGAAAGUGGAAGCGAUUGAGGCGAAAUACAACGCGUCCUCCGCGUCCACGGCGCACAAAAUCUUGCGCCUAGGAGGCCUGGUUUCAAAACUGGCACUCACGGGCGCAAAGAAAGUCACGAAGACGUCCGUGAAUGCGCUCGCGAAAGUUUCGAGCACGGUUUUGCACACGACAGGCGUUUCCACCAAAUUUACGAAGAGCUUCUUAGAACCGAAACGCGCCGCCGCGGUUAUAAAAUUACCGGCGCAUAAACGAAUGGCGGCGGCGAGGAACGAGAAAUUCGCGAUUGGUUUAGGAAGCGGCGAAAGUAACUUACAAGUAGACGUCGUUAAUACGAAUAAAGUUAAAGCAGCAGCGGUGCCUUCACCAACUCAAUCGCGGGUGGAAUGGAACGUCGUCUCCAUUCGACCGCCGGCGGAUUUCAAUCACGAUGCUAAAACUAUCAUCGUUGGCUCAAAAAGCAGUAGUCAGAAAAAGGAUGUCGCUCUUAACACGCCGCCUUCGUUGAAUCCAGACGACGAAGACGAAGAUGUCGGAGAUACUACCAAUGAAGACGUCAAAAAGGAGCUGACCAAACGAGUCCGCGUCGUCUGCGCAUCCUCGACGGGUAUUUUGUACGACUACCGCGUUCGAUUGAAGUCGUCGGUGCAAGCGGUAAAUAACGACGACGACGACGACGACGACGGUGAGAACAAUUCGCCACUCCUCGAAACAACGGCGAGUAGUACUACUACCACCACCAACAACAACAAGAAGAGUGAGUGCGCUUUGGAGCGCGAAAUCGCCAUGCUUACCCCCGGUGCAUCCGAGACGACGACGACGACGACGAGAUUCACCGGCUUCUCGGGAUGGCGACGACCGGGGUCCUCCUCCUCCAACUCCUCUUUCUCGAAAAAGCAACAAACGCAACAAAAACAAAAACAACAGCAACCCUCGACCGCGGACGAGGAGGAAAACGCGCUCAAAUACAGCAUGAUGCAAGCCAGUCAGUUGCGUUCGCCGUCCUCGCAUUCGACGAGUUAA